AUGGUUUCUUGUGAAAACGUAUAUUACUCGAAUCAUUUUGAAUCAGAUAACAAACAGUCAUCUACCAAUAGAUAUGUUUUUUUAUUCUACCAACAAAUUACUCAACUAAGUCAUAUACGAAACAUGUCCACUCAAGAUAUUCGCAAACUUUCAUCGGUCCUGCGAUCGAUUGAAAUCGUUGAAGAAAAUACGAAUGCACUUUACUCGCAAUAUACAACAGCUGCCACGGAAAGUCUUCAGCCAGUCCUAAUCGAUGAUUCCAACGUACAUUUACAAACAUUCUUCCAACAUCUUGAACAACUGUUAGAGACUGAUUUGAAGAGCAGAAAAUCGUUAUUGAACAGCAAUAAUAAUAAACGAAGUUAUUGGAAUUUCUUCUCCUCAGCGUUGAAAGAUAGCAAAGGCUUAUACGAUACAGUAUUAUAUGCCCUCAAUAGUCAAGAAGUCAAAACUCCAACUGGUCGCGGACGAUUAUUUCUUCGUUUUUGUCUGCAAAAUCAUCGAUUAGGUGAUGUUAUUCAACAAAGUUUUAUGACGACUAAAAUUGUCAAUCAAUUCUAUAUCGAUGAAUGUUUUUGGACAACGCCAAACUAUAUCAAUCGAAUUGUUCAAGCACUGUAUCAAUUAAAUGACUUACAAUUCGAUCUGCUUUCCAAUUCACAAUAUCAACUUGAUGUCUGCUGGCCAACUAUCGAAUCAAUUGAAAGUCGACCAAAAACAUUAUCCGAUGCUGCGUCACGACUAAGAAACAGUAGUGUGUCUAGUUUUCUUUCAAUGAACAGUGUUGAUUCUCAGUCAGUUAUAUCACUUAUUCCCGAGCUUUCCACAUCUAUUCCAAUCACGCCUGCAUUAUUUCGCAACCUUGAAUCGUCUGUAAAUGAUGGUAGUUCAGCUCAAUCGCUUUCAUCGGCUGAAGAAGAUCCAGAAAAUACAAUGAUCUAUUGGAAACAGAAAUGUCUGCAACUGGAAAUGCAGCUGCAAGAAAUACACACGUCGAAUUCAGUGUCAACGGCGGAUGUUGAACUUCAAUGUUCAAUAAUCGAACCUCCACCGACCGAAUCUACCGAAACAUCGAUUGAUGAUGAAUUAAUGACAAAACUGAAUGAUGAGAAUGAGCAAUUAAAAAGUGAAGUUAGUUUAUUGAAAGAAGAAGUUAGUAGUUUAAACUUCCAAAUUUCAUCUGCUUCGAUGCAACGAUCAACAUCAUCCGAUAAAAUCAAAGAUUAUGAAAGGGAUCUUGCACAAUAUCGAUCGUUGAUUGGUGACAAAGAUAUCCUUCUCAAUGAUUUACAACAAAAAUUGAAUGAGCAAACGAAUCAAUUAGAAACCCUUCAAAAAGACUUGUCUUCGCAAUCAAACGAACAAACGAAACAGAUCGAAAUGCUACAGAAUGAGCUGGAAGAAGCAAGAAAAGUACUUGAACAGGAUCGAUUAAUACUCGAAAAAGAACGAGUCGAACGUGACAAAGCACAAGAACAGUUAGAAGCUACAUUGCAAGAACGAACACUUGACUUUGAAGAGAUGAAACGACGAUUACUCAAAGCGGUUCGUGAUAAAGCAGAGUUGUUCAAUUCUAUACAUACAUACGAAAUUAAACUUGAAGAGGAACAAUCGAGAAAAUGGGUUGCGGAUGAAGAUGUUUUGAAUUGUACGAAAUGUAAUACAGCCUUUGGAUGGACAGUACGAAAACAUCAUUGUCGACAUUGCCAGAAGAUCUUUUGUUAUUACUGUGCGAAUAAUUGGAUACAGAGUUCGAAAACAAAUUCUCCGCAAUAUCGUGUGUGCGACUUUUGCAGUGAGAAACUACUGAAAGAAUCUCUUAUGCCCAUUGGCACUCUACACAAUGAAAUACUGAAUAAUCCGGACACGUCAGACAAUGUUGAUCUUCAUUUCGAAGUUCGACCUGAACGUCUACCUCCUACGACAGAUAAUUCUCCAACAUCUUCUUAG